CUACAGUUUGGUGUCCUCUUUGAUGGGCAUUUGUGCCAUGAAUCUUGAAAAUAGAAGCAGUUUGCUGCUGCUCAAGCCGCUCGAUACAUAUAUUUUCAGUAUAUGCUAAUUGAUUCCGAAGUGAGAAUUGCAAAGUGGUGUGUAGAGUUGCACGUGAAUGAGAUUGAAGUUAAUGGUGAAGGUAUCCUUUAGCGUGUGAAACUGAACAAAGAACCAAAAAGGAAAGUGGACCAAUAGGCACAGGAGAGGGAAAGGAAAAAUCCCUCGAGUCAUUGUUUGGUGUGGUGUAAAAAUAUGGCGUCGUCAGUGAUUUGUUCUAUUCUUGUGGCACUUUUUCUUCUUGUGGGUGUCAAUGGGGGCCUCCGGUAUGGUUCUAAGCCGGAAUUUCUGCAUGUUAACAUGGACGAGGAGUCCCAUGGAAGUCCCAAAUGGGGCACAAUUGAAGCACAGCGAGAGAAUCUUCUGCGACAGAAACGCAGUACUCCUUUGGUUCCCAAAUUGGAGGACAAAGUCAUUGAGGGAAAGGUGAAUGCUCUCAAUGACAGUCAUGCUCAGCUGAUGGUGCACUGGCUGGGUGAGGGUACGGAUGUAAUGAUUUGCCUGGCGCGUGAGCCACCCCUUGGACCAAUGGAGGAUGCAAAAAUGGCUGAAACACCCUCACCAUCGGCUGUAUUCAUAUCUUAUGACUACGGUGAUACUUUUCAGGACAAAACGGAUAUGUUUAAAGUGUCGGUGAACGGAAGUGAAGAAAAUUCAACGUUGGAUCAAUUUAUCACACAUCCAAAAUUCAAUACGAUCGUCUUCACUGAUCCAAGGCACAAGACAAUUUUUACAAGUUUGGAUCAUGGAAAGACAGUGCAAAGGAGCACAUUGGAUUUUUCACCUUCGGACAUUUCUUUCUAUGAGCUCGAUCGUAAGACAUUUUUGGCACUCGAUAAGGAAGACCCCGAACGUAAACUCUACUAUACGAAUGAUUUUGGUCAGAGUUUUACACUUUUGCAGAGUUUUGUGAAAUCUUUUGUGUGGUCAUCGGGUGAGGGAAUGCCUGUGCAUUUGUACGUUGAACGCAAAGAGGCCAAUAAUGCGUCAUCGGUGAUUUUUAUGAAUGCAUCGGAAUUGAUAAAGGAUCGGAGUAAAAUUAAUUUUAAUUUGUUGAUUGAGAAUGUGCAGGAUUUUCAUGUUAAGAAGGAUUUUAUGUUUGCCACGAGAAAAGUGAUGAAUGACACUCAGUUAUUGAUAUCGUACAAACGAGGGCGAUUUGUGAAGGCUGAAUUUCAGUCAAAUCUCCCAAUUCGUGGUCUUCAUAUUGCUGAUGUCGAAGGCAAGAGGAUUUUUGUGUCUGUUGUACACAGUGAAAUUGUAUGUCAUCUGUAUGUGUCGGAGGUGGAUGAGAAGGUGACACAUGUGUUCUUUGUGCCGAGUUUGGAGAAUGUUUUUACAUUUGUGCCAGAAUUGACAUGGAGAUCAAGUUGGCUCAUUCAGACAUCUGAUGAGGCAUUUACGGAUUUGUACAAAGUUGAGGGUUUACGGGGUAUUUAUAUUGCUAGUCGGGUAUCGAGACAACCAUCUUGGGGUUUGAAAGUUGUGGGUAUUGUGGGCCCAGAGCAUCUUGUGUCGGUCAUAACAUUUGAUCAUGGUGCUUCAUGGCGUCCAAUUACAGCACCAACAGUUGAUGAUGAGGGGCAAUUUAUCAAUUGCACCAAAGAUUGCAGUCUCCAUUUGUCACAGAAAUUCAGUCAACUGUAUCCAGUUACACGAUCACCAACGAUUAUGAGUUCAAAAUCAGCUCCGGGUGUUAUAAUGGCUUCGGGAACCAUUGGGAAGAGUCUCAAAGGGCAUCCGGGAGUUUUUAUAUCCCGUGAUGCUGGGGUUACAUGGAAGCAAAUUUUGAAGAAUUAUCAUUUUUUCAACUUUGGCGAUCAUGGUGGAAUUCUCGUGGCUGUGAAGUAUUUCAAGUCAAAGGGGGAGACAUUGGAAAUUUUAUAUUCGACAGAUGAGGGUGAUAAAUGGCUAUCUACUCCAUUUCACAGUCGUGAAUUGAAAGUUUAUGGAUUGAUGACUGAACCACAUACAAAUACGACAAUUUUCACACUGUUCGGAUCAGAACCGGAUGAACAUAGAUGGUUGAUUAUUAAGAUUGAUCUGAAGAAUGCAUUCAGUAGCAAUUGUACGCAGGAUGAUUAUAAAUUCUGGGCACCAGGAUCUCUCACAGGAGACACUCUAAUGCCGUGUAUUUUGGGCUUACAAGAGACGUACCAGAGACGAAUUCCACAUGCCAAUUGUCACAAUGGUAUUGACUAUCAGAGACCAACGAGAACUGUCGUUUGCCCUUGCAAUGGAUGGGAUUUUGAGUGUGAUUUUGGCUUUUCAAGGGUUAACUACAAUUCACCGUGUAUCCGGAAUAAAACUCUAACUAGCUAUGACCCGUAUAAAAUCCCGCCAACUUGCAAACCCGGACAAUUUUACAAUCGUACAAAGGGUUAUAGAAAAAUUGAUGGAGAUGUCUGUAUCGAUGGAUAUUCAUCACAGUAUCUGCCACAGGAAAUUGCCUGUCCCAUGGAGGAGACACCGAGUUUCUUGAUUGUAGCCCAACGUGAUCAUAUUUCACGAAUUGAUCUGUCAACGGGCAAGAAGGAACAACUUCCAGUGACAGAAUUGAGAAAUGUCAUUGCCAUUGAUUUUGAUCUGAAAAAUAACUGUGUUUUCUGGGCAGAUAUUCUAACAGAUACAAUUGGCAGACAAUGUCUCAAUGGCAAUCAAUCUCGAGAGAUUCUUGUAGAGACGGAUUUGGCAUCUGUUGAAGGUAUGUCAUAUGAUUGGGUGUCUCAGUUGCUUUUCUUUGUGGAUGGCACAAGGACAAAGAUUGAGGCUGUAAAAACAUCUCAUGAUGCUCAUGCUAGGAUGCGCAAAACUAUCAUUGGUUCAGCUCAUCUGUCAAAACCACGUGGAAUUGUUGUACAUCCCAUUGAGGGCUAUAUCUUCUGGACAGAUUGGAGUUCAUCAAAACCCUCACUGUCUCGAUCAAAUCUCGAUGGUACAGAUAUUCGGAUGCUCUUCACAAAGCCCCAAGUUGUCUGGCCAAAUGGCGUGACAAUUGACUAUAUAGCCGAAAGGGUGUACUGGGUGGAUGCCAGUAAGGACUAUAUAGCCAGUUGUGAUCUCCAUGGACGGGGUUUUCAAAAAAUUCUCGAACAAGAUCCCCGAGUAGCUCAUCCCUUCGCCGUGGCAGUGUACAAAGAUCUCAUGUACUGGGAUGAUUGGAAGAUGGAUUCAGUAUUUUCAGCUGAUAAGGAUAAAGGCAUAAUAAUUCACUCAAUUGCCGAAGAAAUGACUACACUGAUGGAUCUCAAAGUCUAUGCUCAUGCCAUUCAAGAGGGCACAAAUGCCUGCAGUGAGAAUAAAUGUUCACACAUGUGCGUUGGUGCCCCAAAGAAAGGUUUCACCUGCCUAUGUCCCGAUGGCAUGGAGAAAUCUCCAACGGGAGAAUGUCUAUGUCCGGGCAGUCUCAAACCAUAUGCCAAUAAGACUUGUCCCCAAUUGGCUAAUACCUGUGCUCCAGGAUACUUCACGUGCAGCAAUCGAUUGUGCGUACCCAUGCUGUAUCGCUGUGACGAUGAAAAUGACUGUGGUGAUAAUUCCGAUGAGAUGGGAUGCCUCCUGAAGACCCUUCCAUGUCCACCACAUAUGUUCACCUGCAAAUCUGACAAUAUCUGCAUCCCUCAGUACUUUGCAUGUGAUCACGAGAAGGAUUGCAAUGAUGGAAGUGAUGAGCUCAAUUGUAGCUUCCAUGAGUGCGAUGCCAAUGAGUUCAGGUGCAGAAAUGGACGGUGUAUCAUUGAGAAGUGGGUUUGUGACGGUGAAGAUGACUGCAGAGAUAAGUCCGAUGAAGCCAAUUGCACAGCCAAGAAUGACACAAUUAGUAUUCAGUGCAAAUCCGAUGAGUUCAAAUGCAACUCAACAGGAACAUGCGUUCCUUUGCAAUGGCGAUGUGACAAUGAUCAUGACUGUCCAGAUUCUAGCGAUGAAGCCAAUUGCACCAAUAAUUCUUGCGAUUCGUGGAUGUUUAAUUGUGGAGAUGGUCAUUGUAUCUACAAGACGUGGACAUGCGAUGGUGAUCAGGAUUGUACAAAUGGGGCUGAUGAACUGAAUUGUCCCAAUAUUACGGCAAUUCCACCAAGAAAGCCGGGAAUAAAUGUUUUGCCGGCGGAUGUUUGUCACGAUUGGAUGUUCAAGUGCAGCAAUCAGAAGUGCAUACCGUACUGGUGGAAGUGCGAUGGUGUCAAUGAUUGUGGUGAUUCAUCCGAUGAACUUGGAUGUAGUCCUGUGAAUCAUACGACGUCAACAGCGAAACCCAUGCCACCGCCAAUGGUGGAUAAGUGUAAACCUAAUCAGUUCCGAUGUGAUUCUGGAUUGUGUAUCCUCAAGCGUUAUGUGUGCGAUGGUAUGGCGGACUGUGAUAAGGGUGAAGAUGAGGAACACUGUGCCCAUGAUGCUAAAAAAGUGUGUGGAGCUGGUAAAUUCCGGUGCUACAGUGACGGAUUGUGUUUGCCGCUGGAGAAACGCUGUGACAAAUUUGUCAAUUGUAUCGAUGGAAGUGACGAAGAGGAUUGCGAAAAGCAUCCCAAUCGUCCUGAAAUUCCUGUCUCGUGCAAAUUGGGCUACUUCACGUGUGACAAUCACUGUAUGCCCCUUGGAAAGAUUUGUGAUGGCAAGCAGGAUUGCUAUGAUGGAUCCGAUGAGAAGAAUUGCAAUUCAUCGUCGCGAGUGUAUCAAGUGAUUCAUAUUGGUGUUGAUGAGAGGACUAUCAAUGCGACAAAUUUGCUCAUGUUCUGGUGGAUUCCCGUUCCACAGAAUAUUGUAUUUGAAUUUUUACCAUCGGUUUCCCUUGUGGGAAGUGACACGUGGACAAAUCAUACAGAAUGGUUAUCGAAUACGGAACACAAAGUGACCAAUCUAAAGCCAUAUACAACGUACAAUCUCACUGUUUAUGUCCGUGUCAAGGGUUCACAGAGAAUUUCACCGCCCUACCUCUACAUUACCACUACGACAGCUGAAGGAGUUCCCACAGAACCCCUCAAUGUCACAGCAAUCCAGAUGAAUGGCUCCCGGGUACAGGUGUCAUGGAGACCACCAACGAUGUCAAGUGGUGUUCUUGUCGGUUAUACUGUGUUCUAUAGUGUUAUUAGUGGUAGCAACAACUAUGCUCCCCUUCAACCGCAAUCCGUGACAACAGUUGCCAAUGAGACCUCAAUAACCAUUGAAACUAGCUUUUUCGGGAAUACAACUUAUGCAUUCUGGGUGAGAGCUCGAAAUUCCAAAUACGAGAGUUCUAACAGUCAAAUGGCUAGAUUGACUUUCGAUGAUUCCAUAAAUAUCGAUGCUCUGCAUAAUCUUGUUCAUGUGGAAACAGUGAAUAGUUCAGUGAAACUCAAAUGGGAUCCAAUUGUGGGGGUUGAUGGGUAUGUUGUACAAAUGAUUUUACCUCAGCCAUAUCCGCAUAUUCCGCCCAAGACAACCAAAGAUACUGAGAUUGUACUACUCCAUCUCAAUCAUGGUGUUCGCUAUAUUAUCAAAGUAUCAGCAUUUGUCAAGCAAUUCUUUGGGAGACCUCAGGUACUAUCAUUUACAAUUCCUGGUGAGGAAGUUCCAGCUGUACCUCAUGUCUCUCUCGAGGCCAAUCAUACAAAAAUGUCUGUGACUCUGAGUUGGGAAAGACCGAGAUACAACUACAACAUUGAUUUCACAUAUGGCAUUUACUAUGGGACAACUCUCCUAGAACUCUUUGAGAAACCUAGGCUCAAGACUACAAAUCUCACCGCUGAGAUAACUAACAUCUUUCCAUGUGAAGCAUAUCUGUUCAGUGUUGGAAUUGUAGAACCUAUUGGUCCGGGUCCAUUGGGUAGCAAUCCCCUUCGUUUCGAUUCACCUUUCAAUGAGAAAUGGCCACCCAGGAAUCUCAAUGUGGUGGUUGAUGGAAAUACACACGAAAUGAUGAUCACAUGGGAUCACAGUUGCCCUCUUGGCGAAGUGCCAUCGGGUUAUGCGAUCACUGUGAGGGAACUGAGAUUGAAUAAAACAUCUGUGGUUGUACCAAAAUUGACCAACAACAAGACAAUGAGUCACAAUUUCACGGGUAUUCCAGACGGUGCUGGAUAUGAUGUGAGCGUUGCAACAAAUACCAAAGAUUCAAUGCCAGCAACACAGAGAGUUUAUUCUCCGCCACUUCCGGUGCCAAGGCAAUUGCGAGUGUGGUAUGAGAAGAAUAACACUAUAUCGGUUUACUGGAGGGAAAUUCGCAAUUAUACAGUGGAAAAGUUCUAUUACCAAGUUGUUGUGGUUCUUGGUUCGUACAAAGUUAAUCCAAUAAAGGAAAAUAAGAUGGAACGAAUUACACCACUGUUGAUCGUUGAGGUUGAGCAUCCACCAGUUUCUGUGAGUGUUAGUGACCUCAAUAGACUUCGAGCACUUGAGGAAGAUGGUCCUCCGGCUAAAGACAGAUCCUACACAUUUGGUGUGAGACUCAAAUCACAAAGAGGCUUCCUUUCGCAAUUUGCUGAAUCAGAACAUAUUGAGUCUUCUUUCUAUAAUCCUCAAACUCAAGAGGAAUUGACUUCUUAUACGGUCGUGUGGGUGGUAAUUAUGGCAAUGCUUAUAGUCAUCAUUGCGGGUGUUGUGGUCUUCUUUGUGCAGAAGCACAAGAGGCAGCAGAAUUCUUUCUCGCGUUUUGCCAAUUCACACUAUGAUUCAAAGACUGGUGCCACGAGAAUUGGUGCUGAUGUGUUGGAGGAUGAGGAACAUCACGAAACACCACGAUUUGCUGACGAUGAGCCACUUGUUAUAGCAUAAUUUCACACUCACACACAUUUAUUAUCGCGAAAGGAAAACAAAAACAAAAAAACAAACAGUCUUCAAAGAAAUCUACGAGUAGAUGAGGAAUGAUAAAAAAAACCAAGAUUUUCUAUUGAAUUUUUUAUUAUUGGAAGAUGAAAAGUGUGUAUAUUUUCUAAGUAUAGUAGCAAGAUGCAGUAGAAUCAGUCUUCUGUUGUGUAAUUUUUGUUGCCUAUUUUAUAUUUUUAUAUUAUAUUUUUGUGUUAUUAUUUUAAUGAUAUUACAAAUGAAGAAUAAUAGGAAAAAGAAAAUCGUGAGAAAUAAAAUGUUUAAAGAGUGAGGGUGAAUUUAAUAGAUGAAAUAUUUCUUAUUCUAUAUAUCGAAAAAAAAGUGAAAAAAAGAAAACAAAACAAAGACGAACCAGUAAAAAAAAUGAUACAAAUAAAUUAUGAAUAGGUAAGAACAUUGAUUUUUAUGCUGCAUCUGAAUAGUUGAAAGGAAGGAAAAAAAAGUAAUCAAUUUGAUAUAAGGAAGUUUUUGGGGGAAAUUAAAUCAAUUUUGUAAUAUCGCGUUCUUUGAGAAAAAAAAUGGCAAGAGACAGAGAAAAAAAUUGUGUGGCAGCAUUUUAUCAAUACUGUGAUUUUAAAAGUAACAUUUAAAUAAUUAAAAAGUAAAUAUUAUUUAAUGAGGGUUUCGUGUAAUUAGAAAAGAGAAUGAAUACACACAAUGAAAUCUAUUUCAAUUGCACGCUUGAAGUGGAAUGUUUAAGCAAUCUUGUUUUUUUUUGUGUAAUUGAUUCAACCUUCCUUGCUAAUUUGCGAUAUUUUUUUCUAUUUAUUUGCUCUUUAAAUCUAGGAUAUGCACGGGAAAAUAUAGAAGCUCAUCUACGUGCCUUGGUAGUUAUCAUAAAAAAAUAGAAAAGUAACUCCAAUUGAAGAAACUAUUAAGAAUGAUUAAUAAACGUAGAUAAACUUUAUUAGAGCAAUUUGAGAGAAAAAAACUUGGAUUGUUUUUGUUUUUUUUAACAGGUUGUUAGUGAAAAAAUGAAUUUAAUGACCAGUGCACAAUAGCUUUUAUUUGUAAACAUGUUUUCAGAAUUUUCUGUGAGAGUGAGCGAGAUGACUAGAACUAUUAUUUCAUUCAUUCUCACUGAAAUGUCAAAAACAUGUUUAGAAAACAAAAGUUAUUGUGCGUUGGGCAUAAUGCGUAAAAAGGAGAAGAUAAAAUUGACUGAAAAAUGAAGCAUUCCACUUCUUUAUUUAUUUUCAAAGAGGGGAGAAAAUUAAGAGAGAGACAAGAAAAAUAGAAUUAAAAGAAACUAAUUAAAAAAAAGGCCAAAGUAAUCAAUAAAGUAAUAAGACGAAAAUUUACUAAAUGCCAAUUUCUAAACGACACUAACAAUAAUUUCCUCCUUUUAUUCAUCAUUUAAUAAUAUUGUGAGAGUUAUGUUGAGAAUAAAAAUGGCAUAAAUGCUUGCCAAAUUUUCUUUUUUUAAUAGAUUUUGACUAAUAUUAAAAAAAAAGUAUAGUGGUUUUAGUCUUCUACAAAGUAUUGUAGUCUCUUGCAAAGUCUUUUUUUUAUUAAAACUAUUUUUUUUUGUAAUAAACCGAAAGAAGAGGAUAAACGAAAUGAUGCUGUAACGAGUAAACCAAAUAAGACAUUGAUAAAUAAUUUUUUUUGAGCUCUAUAAAGACUAAGAUAAAUAGGAAAUGAAGGAGGUGGGAAAAGGUGAAAGGAGAGAAAAAAAGGAGCAAAGAAAUAUGAAGUGACUGAAAUUUCUAGUUAUGGGAUAUAAGAAUGUUUUACUGAUAUGUAACUAAAUGUGAAGAAAUAUGAGAUUAUUGAAAAUAUCAUAUCCUCCUGGAUAGACAAACAUUUUAAUGAUGGUCAAUUCUCAUUAAAUUGUCUGUCUCUCUGCAAACUAAACACUUUAUCCCCUUUUUCAAGAUCUCCUCUCAGAACUGUUAUACUUUAGUUUUUUUUUACUACAAUAAUGCACUCACGAAAAUCCUCAGAAUCCAGAGAAGAAUUUUCCCGUUGUCUAUAACUAAAAAAAGCAAAAUAAAUAAAUAUGAAAGAUGGUUUUAUGGAAUAAAUGAAAGUAAUUACUACAAUAAGGUGUUUAAUGGAAAUUAUUGAGAAGAAAAAAUGUCUUUCAGUAUUUCGUUGUGGAAAUGAACCAAGAAACCUAAAUGCAAAUUGAAGUUGUGAAUUUAAACUUUAAGAUUGAGAAACGUGUGUUAUUUUCUAAAAGCUCUCAACAAAAGAAAAUAUUACAAAAAUAAUUGUGGCU